UUUUAAACAACUCUUCUUUUCCUGUUUGGUUCCUGAGAAAAAUUAUAGUUUCGCUUUCCAUCUUGUGGUAGGAUUGACAGGUAGUUCGCACGAGAGAAAACCUUUUGGAUUGUCCAAACAUCAACUCUGUUGCACUUAAUUCAUUUCAAACUCUAUAAAAAUAUGUUACAAUUUAGUUCAUAAAACACAUGAAAAUUAGUAAUUAGUAAUAGAUAUUUUAUUUUUUUAUGCAAAAUUGAUAAUCAAAUUUCAAUAGCUUUCGAAUUCCCAUAUUAGCCAUAGGCAAUUAAUUGAAGGCUUUUGUGGAUGAGAAGAAUUGGAUGAUGGAUGGAGACGCGAGAGCUGGGGAUUGAAAUUAAGCUGGGAAAGAUCAGGAUAGUUCAUGUGGUUGGUGAGGAUGAAGCAAAGCUUGAGAUAUAGAGACGGAGCUUGGUUGGUUGUAUGUCAGUUAACGUCACAGGACAAUAUGGACGGCAACGGCACAUGUAAUAGCAGGAGUCAUCGGAGCAGGCGUAUUAUCACUUGCGUGGAGCAUGGCUCAACUAGGGUGGAUUGCAGAUUCCCUGAUCCUGAAUCUGGCCCCAACCGAAACCGAUCCUUCAUGGAAGCUGUUGGAUUCUAUUUGGGAAAGAGGAGCCAACAAGUGUGUGGAAUAUUUGCACAAGAGAGCUUCUAUGGAUGUGGAAUUGCAUAUACCAUAACAGCUGCUACUAGUGUAAGGGCAAUUCAAAGGUCGAAUUGUUACCAUAGAGAAGGACAUGAUGCUGUAUGUAAAUAUGGGGAUACUUCAUUUAUGCUUGUUUUUGGAAUAAUUCAAAUGGUAGCAUCACAAAUACCAAAUUUUCAUGACAUGGAAUGGCUCUCAAUCCUUGCGGCAAUCAUGUCCUUUGCAUACUCCUUUAUAGGAUUUGGUCUUGGCUUUGCAAAAGUAAUAGAAAAUGGAAGGGUUGAAGGAAGCAUUAGUGGAGUCCCAACUGUUGAUGUUGGUGAUAAACUAUGGUUAGUUUUUGAAGCACUAGGGGAUAUUGCAUUUGCCUAUCCAUACUCAACUAUUCUUCUUGAGAUUCAGGAUACAUUGAAAUCACCUCCAGCAGAGAACAAGACCAUGAAGAAGGCCUCAAGGGCUGCAAUAUUUAUAACCACAUUUUUUUACCUUUGCUGUGGAUGCUUUGGAUAUGCAGCCUUUGGCAAUCAAACUCCUGGAAAUCUAUUGUCAGGGUUUGGAUUUUAUGAGCCUUAUUGGCUUAUUGACUUUGCAAAUGCUUGUGUUGUUCUUCAUUUGGUGGGAGGAUACCAGAUAUUUAGUCAGCCAGUAUUUGCAUUGGUGGAAGGCUGGCUAGCUAACAGAUACCCAAGAAGCUGGUUUGUGAAUAAACCUUACACAUUGAAACUUCCUCUGUUUCCUCCUCUUCAUGUGAAUCCUUUGAGGCUAUGUUUCAGAACUGCAUAUGUUGCUUCAACAACUACUAUAGCAAUGGCCUUCCCUUACUUCAACCAAGUUUUAGGAGUGCUUGGUGCAUUGAACUUUUGGCCUUUGGCUAUUUAUUUUCCAGUGGAAAUGUAUUUUGUACAGAAAAAUAUAGGAGCUUGGACAAGAAAAUGGAUUGUUCUUAAGAUGUUUAGCUUGCUUUGCUUUCUUUUCACAAUUAUGGGAUUAAUUGGUUCAAUUCAAGGUCUUAUAAAAGCCAGAUUUAGCUAAGAGGCUUUCUCUGUAUAUUACUGUAUUUAUUUUAGUCAAAUACUAGUAAGUUCUUACCUAUGUUUCUAUGUAAGAUUAUAAGAAAAUGUAUCAUGUUUUCUUUUGAA